CCGAGUUAGUUACUUACAUAAGGGAAAAGGACUGCCGUUUAACGUUUUAGUUGCCGUUAGGUAAACAAAUUAACUUAAAAGUGCCUAUUAUGGUUAAAAUGAGCGGAGAUGGUGGCGUUAACUAAGGUACGUUUACAAAGUGCUAACCUAUCGUAGCUAACAAGUAAACAAAUGUUUACAAAUUGAGCCACUAGCCAGGCUAAUUUAGCCAGUUAGCGAUGCAUAAAAAGACAAGAGGACAUUGCGUUUACUCUGCGGUUGUAAACUAUACAUUAAUCACGAGCUCAUAUCAGUUUAACGCCAGCAAAGGCUAAUAAUGACAAAUUGCCUUACUUUGUCUCUAUUUGGCUAUGAAUCUAGAUUUUCACCUGCAACAGGUAGAAAUUUUACGACUAUUUCGAGUGCUUCAGUGCUAACGCUAAGUUAACCAGCUCACUAAAGUUAGUUAACAUUUCCUUGGUUUUAUAGUUAAAUUGAAAGUUUAUUACUCUAACAUCGUACGAGACGUUAUAGUGAUUAUAAUCGUAUAUAUCACAGUGGAUCUUUCUAGAUGACCGUCGGACCUAAACAUUUAUCGACACGUAUACCUUACCACAAUAGUUAUGAUGCUGAGCGAUGACUUCUCUAAUAUUAGUAAAUGAUCCACUGAGAUUACGGAGAAACUUCAACUUUGUAGUCGUCGGGAGUCAAGACAAGGGCAGUUUCUCGCAACAAGUGCUCUAACUACUUAACUUGCCUAGCAAGCUUUCUCAAUUUGGAAACAGAACACUAUCAGUUUACUAUGGCAAGGGUACUUGCAUCCAAAAUGGGACUCAACUCCUUGCGAAGAAAGCAAGCCAAGACGUUUAACGUCAGAAUCACUACCAUGGAUGCCGACAUGGAAUUCAGUUGCGAGACCAAAUGGAAGGGAAAGGACCUUUUUGAGCUGGUGUGUAGGGCACUGGGCCUCAGAGAAACCUGGUUCUUUGGUCUCCAGUACACUGUUAAAGACACCGUGGCCUGGUUAAAGAUGGACAAGAAGGUUCUGGACCAUGACAUUCCCAAAGAGGAGCCGAUCGUGCUGAACUUCUUGGCGAAGUUCUAUCCCGAGAACGCUGAGGAGGAGCUGGUCCAAGACGUCACCCAGCACCUGUUUUUCUUACAGGUGAAGAAGAAGAUUCUAGAAGAGGAGAUCUACUGUCCUCCAGAAGCGUCGGUGUUGCUCGCCUCUUACGCCGUCCAAGCCAAGUACGGAGAUUAUGAGCCCAGCCUUCAUAACCCAGGCUUCCUGGCCCAGGAGGAGCUACUGCCCAAACGGGUGAUUAAUCUGUACCAGAUGACUCCAGAGAUGUGGGAGGAGAGGAUCACGGCCUGCUACGCCGAGCACAGAGGAAGAACCAGGGAUGAGGCUGAGAUGGAGUACUUAAAAAUAGCACAGGACCUGGAGAUGUAUGGGCUCAAUUAUUUUUUCAUUAGGAAUAAAAAGGGAACUGACCUGCUCUUGGGCGUGGAUGCAUUGGGCUUGCACAUUUAUGACGUAGACAACAAACUCACUCCCAAAAUCUCCUUUCCGUGGAACGAGAUUCGGAACAUCUCCUACAGCGAUAAAGAGUUUGCUAUCAAGCCCUUGGACAAGAAGGCAGACGUCUUUAAAUUCAACUCUUCCAAACUGCGGGUCAAUAAAGUGAUUCUUCAACUGUGUAUUGGGAACCAUGACUUGUUUAUGAGGAGACGGAGGGUGGACUCUCUGGAGGUGCAGCAGAUGAAGGCCCAGGCUCGAGAGGAGAAAGCCAGGAAACAGAUGGAGAGGCAGCGAUUGGAGAGAGAGAAACACUUAAGGGAGGAGGCAGAGAGAGCGAGGGAUGAUCUGGAGAGAAGACUCCUGCAGCUGCAGGACGAGACUCAUAUGGCCAAUGAAGCUUUGCUGCGGUCGGAGGAGACGGCGGACCUCCUGGCGGAGAAGGCCCAGAUUGCGGAGGAGGAGGCCAAGCUCCUGGCCCAGAAAGCGGCGGAGGCCGAGCAGGAGAUGCAGAGGAUCAAGGUGACGGCCAUCCGCAGCGAAGAGGAGAAGAGGCUCAUGGAACAGAAGGUGCUAGAGGCCGAGAUGCUGGCGCUGAAGAUGGCCGAGGAGUCCGAACGGAGGGCAAAAGAAGCGGAGCAGCUGAAACAGGACCUGCAGGAGGCGCGGGAAUCCGAGAGACGGGCCAAACACAAGCUGCUGGAGAUCACCACCAAAUCUGCCUAUUCGCCUUCGGCUCUCUCUUCCAACGCUCUACCCGCCGACAUCCCCAGCUUCAACUUCAGCACCGAGAACCUCAGCUUCGACUUCAAAGACACCGACAUGAAACGGCUGUCGAUGGAAAUCGAGAAGGAAAAGGUGGAGUACAUGGAGAAAAGCAAACACCUCCAAGAGCAGCUCAACGAGCUGAAGACUGAGAUUGAGUCUCUGAAGCUAAAGGAACGGGAGACUCCCCUGGACAUCCUGCACAACCAGAAUGCAGAGAAAGGCAACAGCAAGCAGAGCAACUUCAAAAAGCUGACACUACAGAGUACCAAAUCCCGAGUGGCCUUCUUCGAGGAACUUUAGCCAACCCAACGGACCUGAAGUUCUGUGUGUGUGUGUGUGUGUGUGUGUGUGUGUGUGUUUGACCUACAUCACCCCUUUAGAAUCACAUUCCUGGUCGCCUGGGACUUUGACCACCCCCUGGGGAAAACACUGACCACAUUCACAUUAACAAAGAAUUAGGUGUGCGUGUGCGUGUGCGUGUGUGUGUGCGCGUGCGUGUGGUUUGAAGUUUACAUUGAGAAGAACAUGGAGCUGUGUUUCAGUCUGCCUUAAAGCAAACACUACCCCAGAGAGAGAGAGAGAGAGAGAGAGAAAGGCGAGGGCUUUAUCUGCAGUACACAGGACUGUGCUCUCUCUCUCCUCAACUCUCUGCUCAACACAACACAUUUACAGCCUGCUCCACCACCUCAACUGGAACUAACAUGAAGGACCGCUCUCCACGUCUGUCCUCAGAGUGUCCUUCUCUCUCUCCGCUCUGACCGUGGAGCAAAGCUCUGCUCUUAAAAAUGGGAUUACUUUUUCUCUUCUUCUUCUUCUUCUUCGUCUUCUUCUUCUUCUCUUUUGCAGAAUGCUGUCUAUUCUUUGGGUUUACGUUUCAGACGACAGUGCAGUUUACACUGUGUUCAUGGCUUUAUUUUACAUCGUGUUACAGUUAGAGGAGGAGGAGGGAUAGGAUCUAUUGGGAGUUUUUAUUUUUUUGAUCAACCUCAAAAUACUGUGAGAUGUCUGAGUAAACCUAAAUAAAGUGGGAAUC